CAGGAAGCCUGAGUCAAGCAGCUGAUAAUCGGACUUGUGAUGUUCCGGUUACCGGCUCCAUGUUGAACGCGAGCUAACAAUGAAGGCCUAAUCCGACAUCUGUUGGAUUUAAAGCUCUCUGCGCUGGUGGGCCUACAAACUUGGUCAUGGCUUCGCAGCUGCAAGUCUUCUCCCCUCCGUCGGUGUCUUCCAGUGCCUUUUGCCGAGUGAAGAAGAUGAAGGUGGAAAGCUGUGCGUGGGAUGCCGAGGCCUAUGGCUCCUACGGCUUCAACCCUGCCCCUGCUCUCCCCUUCAGCACCUCGGGCCUGGUCUUCCCUCCUGCAUCCCGCUGCCAGGUGGUGGUCCGUGCCGCAGACAGUACUGGCAGCCAUGCUCAGGCCCGUCGGCCAUCGCACAAUAUCCAGGUCUCGGAGCACCAUGCCUCACGCGGGCAGAGGUAUGGUGUGAAGCGGAAGAACGAGGAGGUGGAACGGAUGGCCGGGGGCAACAGUGGAAGCGGGAGCGUCCAGAUCCUCGAGGAGCUGUCGGCUCCUGCCUUUUCUGCCCGCACAGCCGCUGUCGGUACUACGACUCAGUCCAUCACCCACUCGUCAACCACCACCAAGAGCAGCAGUUCUAAUUCUGAAGGCGACUACCAGCUGGUCCAGCACGAGAUUCUGUGCUCCGUGUCCAGUAGCUACGAGGUACUGGAAUUCUUGGGCCGGGGCACGUUUGGUCAGGUCGCUAAGUGCUGGAAGAGGGGCACCAAUGAAAUUGUUGCCAUCAAAAUUUUGAAGAACCAUCCAUCAUACGCACGUCAAGGCCAGAUUGAGGUGAGCAUCCUGAACCGGCUGAGUGCUCAGAACGCAGACGAGUUCAACUUUGUGCGCUCGUACGAGUGCUUCCAGCACAAGGGCCACACCUGCCUGGUGUUCGAGAUGCUUGAACAGAACCUGUACGACUUCCUAAAGCAUAGCAAGUUCAGCCCGCUGCCGCUGCGCCACAUCCGGCCCAUCCUGCAGCAGGUGGCCACGGCGCUCAUGAAGCUCAAGAGUCUGGGUCUGAUCCACGCCGACCUUAAACCCGAGAACAUCAUGCUGGUGGAUCCGGUCCGGCAGCCGUACAGGGUCAAGGUGAUCGACUUCGGUUCGGCCAGCCACGUCUCCAAAGCUGUGUGCUCCACCUACCUGCAGUCACGUUACUACAGAGCUCCUGAGAUCAUUCUCGGCCUGCCAUUCUGUGAAGCCAUUGAUAUGUGGUCGCUGGGCUGUGUGAUCGCCGAGCUUUUCCUCGGGUGGCCGCUGUAUCCCGGAGCAUCUGAGUAUGACCAGAUCCGGUACAUUUCUCAGACACAGGGUUUGCCAGCAGAGUACCUGCUUAGUGCCGGCACAAAGACCAGCCGCUUCUUCCACAGGGGACCUGACUCCAGUUAUCCACUCUGGAGACUGAAGACCCCGUCGGAGCAUGAGGCAGAGAUGGGCGUAAAAUCCAAAGAAGCUCGAAAAUACAUUUUCAAUUGCCUGGAUGACAUGAUGCAGGUCAACCUCUCCUCGCACCUGGAGGGCACGGACAUGCUGGCGGAAAAAGCCGACCGUAGGGAGUUCAUAGAUCUGUUGAAGAGGAUGCUACGGCUCGAUGCGGAUAAAAGGAUCACGCCCAAUAAGACCCUGGCACACCCGUUCGUCACCAUGAGCCAUCUGCUGGACUUUCCACAUAGCUCACAUGUAAAGUCAUGCUUCCAGAACAUGGAACUGUGUAAGAGGAGAAGCAGUAGCUACGACAGUGGAAAAACUCUAUUUGCUGCUAAUACUGUUCCUGGCACUGCUGGCAACCUGACUGUGACCUUCAGCAGUCAGCUCAACCAGAACAACCAGGUUUCCUCCGCUGGUGGAGCAGUGCCUCUUCUUAACUACCAGCCGGCCCUUUAUCAACAAGCCACUAUUAACAUUCCCGGCCUGGCACAGCCCAGCAUCCCUCUACAGAGCCGCCCACCUCAGCUGUGUGCCCAGAGUGAGCCCUUCCAACAGACCCUCAUUGUUUGUCCACCCACUACAAUUCAAGGGCUUUCAUCCUCCAGCAAGUCCUCCAGCUACCCAGUCCGAAUGGAAAACGGAGUUCCUGUGGUCCAGCCGAAUCAGAACACCCAGCCGCUUCAGAUCCAACCAGGCGUUCUUACCCAGGGUUCCUGUACACCACUGAUGGUGGCCACGUUGCACCCCCAGGCGACGGGUUUGCCUGCUCAGUACCCGCUGCCCCUGGCGCUGGGCUGUGGGGCAGGAAGGUCGUCCCUCCUGGAGCAGACAGCCACCGUGCUGCAGGCCUGGCAGACGGGCACACAGCAGAUCCUCCUGCCCUCUGCUUGGCAGCAGGUGCCAGGCAUGGCCCUCCAUGCUGCGGGCACAGCGCAAACACUUACCAAUUCACCCCUGGAGGCCAUUCUCUCAGACAGUUCUCAGCAGACGCCAGCCUGGAGGGCAUCUCAUGGUACCGUCCUUCAGCAGAACCCUCAUGUUAUGGACUCCGCUCAGUCUCUCAGCCGUGGCGUUUCUAAUACAGCCCGGUCCUCACAAAACAAGAGAAGCCGAAUUCGUUCUGUGGAAACCAACAACAGCUGUACUUCUUACCGACCGGCCCCGUCCCAGCCAAUAGUGAUCUCUGAUACUCCAAGCCCUGCUGUUAGUGUCAUUACCAUCCACAGUGACUCGGAAGAGGAGGAUGAGCGAAAGUUUCACCCUGCAAAUUGUGGACCCAGUCAGAGAGCCAACGUCAUCAGCUGUGUGACCGUCCUCGACUCCGAUUCCUCCACGGCCAGUCCGCUCACCCCUCUGCCCCAGAAUGGCACUCUGGGGGCUCAGUCUGCACGCCUGGCCAAGUCGUUAGCAAUUGUUGCUCCCUCGCUGAAGAUGCAUUCAGGGGAAAGCUCAGCGUCCGCCAAAGCAGCUAUGCGAAUCCCACAAAAUUCCUACAUAAAACCUAAGAGGGCGGCCGUCCGUCAACCCUGCAGCUCAGGGGAGAGCGCAAGUCAGCAGGAACCCAGCAGAUCCCAACCACUCAACCUCAGCCAGACCACGGUCUCGUCAUCUCAAGACGCCACUAGCUCAUCACUGCGACGCCAGCCGACCUACCCACCCCCGUCCUCUCAGUACCGCCUUCAGGACACGGUGCCAUUCGCUGGAGGACCCAGCUUGUACGCUUACCCCAGCUCUGCCCCUCACACCAUGGAGCAGCUCCUCAUCCAUGGCUCUUCCCCCUCCAUACACGCUGCACCCGCCGGCCCCUACCCACCCAGUCUGAUUCCCAAAGAGCCCGUCGGAGGCAUCGUCCACGGGUUGCCUACCCACUACCAACAACAUUUCCCCGCACACCACUACAUGGGUGUGAGCACCAGCACCACGAGAGGAGGUGGAGCCUACGGCGGCUACCAGCUCAGCCCCGCUCGGGUUCCUCAGUAUCCGUACAUCUGAGCGAGGCACCAAGGCAAAACAACUACACCCUUAACCAUGAGACUUUUCCCUCGCCGUUGAAACUGCUGCAUUUCCCUGCUCUUACCUAUUUAAUUGAACAGUUUUUUUGUUUUUGCCGGCCUCAGUUUGUAUCCUACCUACAAGUCCUGCUAUUUGUUAAGGGUUAAGUUUAUUUUCUUAGUUUGAGAAAAUGUGGUGUUAAAAAUGAUGAUCUUUAGCAAUAGAACACUUGAAAAUGCUGACACAAAGGGACAUUAGGAGCCCGGUCAAGCACGUGUUUUGUAGUUCUUGAUUUUACUCUGAAAAGUUCCACACUAACUAACUAACCCUAUAACCCUCGUUUAACCCUUUUAGACUUGUUUUAAUGUUUUAGUGUUCUCUUUUGGUCCUUUUUUGUUUUUAGAAUGUUAAGUUAUCCACCCUCUUUGGUUGUCUUUUAUGGGUAAAUGUGUACUGAAGUGACUGAAAAGAUCUGGGAGAAGAAAAAAAAAAAUGUGUACGGUGCCUACGCGGCUCCAUUAUUUAACCCGAGACUUUAAGUGUUAGUUAUUCCCAGGCCAGGUAGAAAUGUAGGACGUCCGUUGUGCUGAAUGCUAGAUUUCGAAUGAUUUUAUCGGUUUGUCUAGUCGUUGAAGUCCAUUAUUCCUCUUGAGUAGAGGACCAUAUGAACUGUGAUCAUGUUGAAGCCAAUGAAUAUGUACUGACUUGAUUUACCCUCAAUGUUUUCCUCCACACAACAUGUAACUGCUGAUCUGUUGAUCCUCAAUUGAUGUGCUCAAUUGUAUUUAGGCUCUUUUGAUGAUGUUUGAAAGCAAUUUUGCAAUGCAGAAAACUUACGACACCAAAAAAAAAAACAUGAAAAAGUCUAGGGCACAGUGUUGGUGAGCUUUUUCUUGUAACGUCUUAUAUCUGCCUCUUUGUUUCAUCGUAUAAUGAGCAGGAUGAAUUGAUUCCUGACCAAGCACUGGAACAGUGUUCAGAUCCUUUGCUCAGAAGCACACUGGCUGAACUGUAUGGGCUUACUUGUUCUGCUCUACAAUAACAUUAUGUGCCUUGACCUUUCCUUUCUCCAUAGUUGGCGGUUGAUCUUUAGACUACAUUUUCACAUUGAUUGCCGAAGUACUGUAUGCAUUUUGUAAUGUCAACUUGCGAACAUGCAUCUGAGCGCCUCUGUUGUAAUGUCACCAAAUAAACAACACACUUAAA